AUGGCGUCGCUAUACAGCCGCAUAGGUCUCAUAAUCUGCAUAGCUAUGAUCAGCAUAGCUCAUGCAGAUGAUGAAAUCGCUUCAAAUAAUUCAACUGUUAUUCACCCUCAAGAAACCCUCAACAACUCGACCAUAUUAACAAUGCAACAAAUUUCAAAAGUAGCCUCAGAUUUCGCCGAAAACGGAGUAAUAGAGAAGCUCAUCAACAACAGUAGUAACAAUAAUAAUGCAUUGGCCUUGUCCGCAUUGAGAAGUUGCAGGGAGCUUCUCUCCCUCGCAAUGGACAACCUCAACAAGUCGCUCUCGACUCCCGUGGACACAGUCGAGGGCCGGGGCAGCGUCAAAUCCCGGCUAUGCGCUACCGGCGUCACUCUCCACACCUGCGUGGACGAAUUCAACGGCGGGCUCAGAGAUCUCGUCUUCCAGAAGCUCAAGGAGGCCAUUUAUCGUAACGCAGAGGUGAACAAAGUCAUGGCAGUAAUAAACAGUGAAACUGAUAAUCUCUUAGGGCAAGAUUCCGCCGACGGAUAUCCACGCUGGCUUUCCGACAGCGACAGGGAACUGCUCCUGCGGGGUGCGAAGAGCAGCGCCGAUGCGGUGGUGGCGAAAGAUGGAUCGGGGAAGUACAGCAGAAUCUGGGACGCCAUCCAGGCAGCGCCGAGAUGGAGUAAGAAGAGGUUUGUGAUUUAUGUGAAGAGCGGAAUGUAUCAUGAAAAUGUCAAGGUUGGAGCUGAUAAGUGGAAUGUGAUGAUGAUUGGGGAUGGGAUGGAUAAGACCAUCGUCUACAGCAAUUUGAGCAAUGGUGGCGGACAGUCCACUUGGGAAAGCGCCACCUUUGCUGUCCAAGGAGAGGGAUUCAUAGGGCGCGACAUGAGGUUCUCGAACACGGCGGGGCCCAUCAACCAACAAGCCGUGGCGCUGCUCUCGACCGCCGACCGAUCGGUAUUCUAUCGGUGCCGCAUGGACGGCUACCAAGACACCGUCUACGCCCAAUCCAACCGCCAGUUCUACCGCGAGUGCCACAUCUACGGCACCGUCGACUUCAUCUUCGGGGGGGCCGCCGCCGUCAUACAGAAGAGCUUCAUCUUCCCCAGGAAGCCCCUCCACGGCCAGGAUAACGUCAUCACGGCGCACUACAAGAAGGACCCCAAGUGCGAUACGGCCAUCGUCGUGCACUCCUCCACCAUCCAAGCGUCGGGCGACCUCACCGGCGUCCCCACCUUUCUGGGCCGCCCCUGGACGCCCUACGCUACCUCCGUCUUCAUGCACAACAUUAUCAACAAAGUGGUGGAUCCCAGAGGCUGGAGGCCCUGGGAUACGUCACGGGGCGCUCCGCCGCCGCCAGACACGAUUUUCUUCGCGGAAUACGACAACAGAGGCGCCGGCGCCAGCACGGCGAAUCGGGUGAAGUGGAAAGGUGUGAGAACUAACCUCAGUCCUGCGGAGGCCGGCAGGUUUACCGUGCGCUCCUUGAUUCAAGGAGACCAGUGGCUUCCGGGGACACAAGUCAGCUACGACCCGGACCUUUGAUUUGCAAUUUCUAAUUCUCCUGUGCGACGGUCGCACAGGAGUGCGACGGGUUGACCCGGCCCAAACCCGCCCUCCUGACCCGGAACCCUGACCCGCGUGGGUUUGACCCAUACUCCUAAUUAUUACAUUUGUGUAUAACAAUUGUUACUUUUAAUAAACAUAAUAUAUACAUUUGUUCAUAUAAAUGUAUAUUGAUAUGUAUACUGUUUUAUAUUGAAUGAAGGUAAAUAUUUAUAUUAAUAUAAGUAUACAUUUGUGCGACCAAAUGUAUAUCUUAUGCUUAGGGUUUAAUUUUCACCUAUUAGGGUUUAGUGUUCACGCUUAGGGUUUAGUUUACAGGGUUUAGGGUUUAGUUUAUAGAAUUUAGGGUUUAGAAAAUAUAAUACUGUAUAUUAAAUGAAGGAAAAUACCUAUAUUUAUAUAAGUAUACAUUUGUGCGAACAAAUGUAUAUUUCAUGCUUAUUAAAAGUAAUAAUUAUUAUAAACAAAUGUAAUAAUUUAGGAUUUAGGAUUGCGGGUCUGGAUUGCGGGCCGGGUCGGGCGCGGGCCGGGGCGGACCCGUCGCACACUAUGCGACGGUCGCACCCAA